AUGGUCUGGCUGUGUUGGAUCGCGGUUUUGGGGUCGAGAGGUGUUGAGGCGCAGGAUAACGGUGGUGGAAGCGGUGCCUUGUCUGGAAACGCGAAUGCAAAUUUCGGAGGUGGCGGUGGAAGAAAAGGUGGCCAGCAAGGUAGUGACCAGGCGGCGACGAACAACCCGACCGGCGAAGGUGAUGACGAAGAAGCAGCAGAUACUUCGACUUCACCUUCGCCUCCAUCGGAUCUUGCGCCCGUGGCAGCAUCGGCAGCUCUAGCAAGUGCCGAUCCAGAAACCUCGGUGGCUUUGCCAGAAGCAAACACCACUCUGGUUGCAGCGUCUGCAACACCUACGGAAUCCUUCGAGCAGCCUACCAGCGUUGCCGAUGCAUUCCCCCGAGCCUCAAUCUACCUUUGCAACUCUCCAACGUCUUCAAGAACCGUCUACGUGACCUCUGCUGUUCUUCCUCUACCGACUUCUAUACCAGCAGAAGAAGACUCCUCUGCCUCAACACAAGCGACGCAAGCUCCAUCGCUGGACCUUGCACCUCUUCCCGCUUCUUCAGUGAAGCCGCUCAGCCCGGGCGAGAAAGCCGGUGUGGGCGUUGGCAUUACAUUUGCAGUGCUCGUCAUCGCGGGCGCAAUCGCAUACGAACUAUUUCGCCGUCGCAAAAUGAAGGCUCGAGAACGUCGCGGAGGCGAGACUGACAGUCAAGAUCCUGGACCUCCCCGCCGCAAUUUUGCGCUCAAAAGUUUCUUUGGCCCGAACAACAACCACGAGAAAAGGAGCGAUCCCGAAUGGAGCAUUGAGUCCGCGGAGGAGAUGUCCAUCGUCCGCGCUGGGAGCGUAAAGUCUGUGGAAUCGCAGGCGCGGCCCAUAACUCCUCCGCUACCCAGCCUACCGUCUGGGCCGAGAUUUGGGCUUGCAGGUAGCGGGACGGAAGUUGUGAAAGUGGGCAUGACGGUUCCGGAGCGAAAGCCAACCCCAAAACUUGCGGAUAUGGCGCUGAGGAGUAAUCCUCCGGUGUCGCCGAGUUCAUUCCCGAGUCCGCCGCGAGCCGGCAAGACUGGGAGCUGGCCGUUGCCGGAGUAA